GUUGUAUGGAAGAUUAUUAAAAAAAAAGAUAAGAUUCGUUUUGGAUGUAAUUUUAUCAUUCAAGUUUAUGGCUUAUUUGAAGCAAGAAUUGUCGAAAGAAGCUUGUACGCUUAAGUGUAGCUUUUACACUUAAGUGUAUUUAUUCUGCGAGCAAUGUAAAAUGAUAAAAAUUGCGAACCAUGGAAUAAGCAGAAAAAUAUUUAACCGAUUCAUUUUUACAGAUAUUCCUCAGCACAAACUUAAAGCUCCUGUCACUCAAAUAAAAAAUCGACCCUAUUUGCCUGGAUCUUUGAGCAAUGCGUUCCCCGAUGUUUUAAAAUGUGAAUAUAAACCAGGUUUAAAAAUUCUCACAACAUCAGAAAAAGACUUGCAGUCAAUAGCGUCAGAACUUCGAAACUUUUCAACUCUUUGUAUGCCUGAAAUAAGCGCAAUUCUUCUAAAGAAUUUACCAAUAAAUACUGCUGAAGAAUUUUCGCUCUUUACUAAAGCUCUUAAUUUUAAACCGCUUACAUACGCAGGUGGAAGUGGUUUUCGAAAAACUAUAGCUGGAGAUGUUUAUUCUGCAAGUGAUGAUCCUUCUAUUUAUUCAAUUGAGCCCCACAAUGAAAUGUCAUACAUGACCAUUUAUCCAACGAAGAUUAUGUUUUGCUGUCUUUCUGAAGCUACAAUAGGUGGAGAAUCACCCAUUGUGUUUAAUCGAGAGUUAUUUUCAGUUUUGAAAGUAGACAAUGUCAGAAAAGCAGUGGAAAAGAAAAUUCGUUAUUUUCGCAAUUUACCACACAAAAAUAAUACAAAGUACAUAAAUUGGCAAGGGACCUUUUUAGUUGAUUCUGUCAAGGAAGCUGAGGAAAUAAUGGCUAAAAGUAACAUGAACUGGAAAUGGCAUCCUAACGGAGACUUACAAAUGUGGAAUAUAGUUGAUGCCGUAAUUGAACAUCCUGUAACCAAGGAAACAAUUUGGUUUAAUCAGAUUCACUCGAAUCAUUAUUCUUAUUACAAAUUUCACCCAAUGUAUGAAGGAAGAUUGGGUUUACCUCCACAAUCCUACCACUUUCAUUGUACAUACGGCGAUGGUGAAGAAAUAGAAGAUGACUUCAUUGACGAAGUCAGAGCAAAAACUUGGAGUUGCGCAAAAAACCUAAAACUUCAGAAAGGAGAUGUUCUAUUAUUAGAUAACAUAUUGGUACAGCAUUCUCGAAUUGGUUAUGAAGGUAACAGAAAAAUGGUCGUAAAGAUGUUUCAAGAUUAGAAUAGGAUUUGCUUCCUAUUUAAAGCGAACUCAAGAUCACCUUUUUUAAAAUAAUAAAAUUUUAUGUUAAUUUAUUAUUGUAAUAAAAAUAGUUUAUUUAAUUAGAUCCAAAUCAAAAUA